UGAUUGGUUAUCGCUAGGGGACAGAACGCGUCACAGCCUCCAGCUAACGACUCAUCUUCAGUUUAUUGAUAAAAACAGCCGUUUAUCUUCGUUAUUCCUGACUUUAAUAACAGAUUAUUGAUGUUUAACUGUAGAUAAAGCAGCACAGUGAACGCCUGCUGUGUGCUGGGACAGAUAAUGUAGUUAAAUCGGUAGUUUAUGAGGUGAAACAGACAGAAGAGUCUCUGUGAAGAUCACUGGCUACGACUUCUUUGAUUUGUCCCUGAGAUCAACAACUUCAAACCGAAAUGGAUGAACAAAGUGUUGAGAGCAUCGCCGAGGUGUUUCGCUGCUUCAUCUGCAUGGAGAAACUGAGAGAUGCUCGUCUCUGCCCACACUGCUCCAAACUCUGCUGCUUCAGCUGCAUACGACGGUGGCUGACGGAGCAGAGAGCCCAGUGUCCACACUGCCGGGCUCCGCUCCAGCUGAGGGAGCUGGUCAACUGUCGCUGGGCGGAGGAGGUCACCCAGCAGCUGGACACCCUGCAGCUCUGCAGCCUCACCAAGCACGAGGACAACGACAAGGACAAAUGUGAGAACCACCACGAGAAGCUGAGUGUUUUCUGUUGGACCUGUAAGAAAUGCAUCUGUCACCAGUGUGCUCUGUGGGGAGGCAUGCACGGCGGCCACACCUUCAAGCCUCUGGUGGAGAUCUACGAGCAGCACGUGACCAAGGUGAAGGACGAGGUCGCCAAGCUCCGCCGCCGCCUCAUGGAGCUCAUCAGUCUGGUGCAGGAAGUGGAGAGGAACGUGGAGGCCGUCCGAGGAGCGAAGGACGAGCGUGUCAGAGAGAUCCGAAACGCCGUAGAGAUGAUCAUCGCUCGUCUGGACAACCAGCUCAAGAACAAACUCAUCACCCUCAUGGGCCAGAAGACGUCCUUGACCCAGGAGACGGAGCUGCUGGAGUCGCUCCUGCAGGAGGUGGAGCAUCAGCUUCACUCCUGCAGUAAGAGUGAGCUGAUCUCCAAGAGCCCAGAGAUCCUGCUCAUGUUCCAGCAGGUCCACCGGAAACCCAUGCAGUCCUUCGUCACCACGCCGGUCCCUCCAGACUUCACCAGUGAGCUGGUUCCUGCCUACGACUCCAGCACUUUUGUUCUGGUCAACUUCAGCACCCUGAGGCAGCGGGCUGACCCGGUCUACAGCCCUCCUCUACAGAUAUCUGGGCUCUGCUGGAGACUCAAAGUCUACCCAGACGGUAACGGUGUGGUCCGUGGAAACUACCUCUCUGUGUUCUUGGAGCUUUCUGCUGGACUCCCCGAAACAUCAAAGUACGAGUACCGGGUGGAGAUGGUCCAUCAGGCCUCCAGUGACCCGACCAAGAACAUCAUUCGAGAGUUUGCGUCUGACUUUGAGGUCGGUGAAUGUUGGGGCUACAACCGCUUCUUCAGACUGGACCUUCUGGCCAGCGAGGGAUACCUGAACAUGCAGACGGACACACUGGUGCUCCGCUACCAGGUCCGCUCACCCACCUUCUUCCAGAAGUGCAGAGAUCAGUACUGGUACAUCAGCCAGCUGGAGUCGGCCCAGAGUGGCUACAUCCAGCAGAUCAACAACCUCAAAGAGAGGUUGGCCAUCGAGCUGUUUCGCCGCCAGACGUCGCGCAGCUCCUCUCCCCCCGACAUGAGGCUCGCUGCAGGCACCACGGCCUCCGAGAGAGACGCCCGCUCGGUGAAGAGCGACGACGACAUCCAGACCACUUUGAGCAACAUUAAAAAAGGCGAAGAAGAAGAGAGGACGCAGCAAGACGACUCUAAUGAGCUGUCGGACGGAGACUUGGAGGUGGACUGUCUGACCGAGGAGGAGGUGAACCCGCUGGAUGGCAGCAGCACCUCGGGGAGCUCAACGGCCACCAGCAACACCGAGGAGAACGACAUCGACGAGGAGACCAUGUCAGGAGAGAACGAUGUCGACUUUAUGGGGAACCUGGAGACAGAAGAAGGAGAGCUUCCUGAUGACCUGGCCGGAGCAGCAGGAGGAUCCAGCUCCAGUGUGCGUUCCAUACUUCAGCGCUCUGCUGUCGGUCGCAGUGGUAGCGGAGCGGCGGGCGGCGGCGCUGUCGGUCCGGGCAGCAGCAGCCUCCUGGAGAUCGACCCGGUCAUCCUGAUCCAGCUGCUGGAUCUGAAGGAGCGCCGCAGCGUGGAGACUCUGUGGGGGCUCCAGCCUCGGCCUCCUGUAACGCUGCUGCACAGCCAAGCUCAUCCUCACUCCAGGAAAGACCGAGAGCGGCGGCCUCAGGUUGUGCGACGAUCCGCUCCAGACUCAGGGGUCCUGAUCCGCCUCAAGGCUCAGAUGGCCGAGGUCCGCAGCAAGAUGUCCGACGUCAAGAGUCAAGUGCUGGAGGCUCGGGGGACGGGAGAGCCCCGGCCCGGUCCGUCGGGGGGCUUUGGUGCGGAGGAGGUAUCCUCCCACCUCGCUGAUUCAGAGCUGUCAGCUUGUCGUAAGCCCGGUGAGCUGGACCUGCUGGGGAGAGCAGCUGCCGCUCGAUCUAGGCCCGGCCGCCCCGCCAGGAAGUCUCUGUCUCCCGUCCUGGACAGCAGCAGCAGCUCUCUGGUGGUGAAGAGGAGGAGUCCAGAUGAGAUGGAGAAGGACCUGAGAGGAGCAGACGUGGCCUCAGAGCUCAGCCUGCAUCUUAAAGACGGGCUGGGGGGUGCAGAAGGAGCGCUGAACGCCGACAGCCCCCUUGUGUCUCUGGGCGGCUCGUCGUCGUCGUCGGAGCAGCAGGCCUCCGCCGCCGCCGCCGCCUCCAAGCAGCAGCAGUACUCGUUGGAGCAGCAGCUGUUCGGGGCCUCGGGGCCCCGGGACGACAUCUUCUCCCUCGGGGGGUCGAGCUACAUGACCGCCAGCAAGAACUGUGGCAGCAGGACCCUAGGGGCAGCCAUGUUGGACUGCGAAUCCGAAAGCUCUGGAAACUCCCAUCAUUCCUUGCUGGAGGGACCUUCUGCACCGCCGCAGUCAAAUGAAGGUCUGAUGGUCUCCUCUCGUCCUGUCUCGUCUGUAGAUCCGUCGCCGUCGGUUCUGGUGGCGGCAACAAGCAGCGACAGCGACACGGAGGACGAAGCUCUGCAGAGCAACAACUCUCGCUACGACAACCAGACUCCUCCCUGCUCAGGAGAGCAGCUUCUGUCUGAGGACAUGAGUCUGCCUGCCGACAGGUGAAACCCACCGCUUUAUCCCUCAGCGACCUCACGGCGACGCAAUAAUGGCGCGGAGACGACACACGCUUUAUGUUACACCUGUAGAGUAGAAACUGCUUGUUACGCAUGAAGUCAAAAUGAAAACGACUCACCUGCUUGAAACAGAAACAGAAAACUUUCUCUUGAAUAUGUUUAAUAUUUGGACCCCGACAGGAAUAAUAACCACGGCCAGUUCUUCAGGUGGUUGUGUGGCGUUAACGGUCCAGGUGACCACUUAACAUCAAUGUCAUUAUAUUGUGUGAAUGCAGUGGAAGAGAACCAACAUCUCACCUCUUUGAAAAGUGGACUUUCACCGUAUUAUAUUUAUAAUAAAGGAUGUAAGUCAGUU